AUGUUUAAAUCACUGUUCGGGUCAUCCAAAUCAAAUUCAGGAUCCGAAAAAUUGAUUAAAUUAAACCUAGAUUCUCUAGAGAAGAAUGAACAAUACAGAUUAUCAUAUUAUUUCCCCGUAUCAAUUAUUUAUUUACAUGAUGACAAGAUUACUGGUACUAUAGAUAUCAAUUUAAACGGUGCAAGAUCUCUUACCUACGAAUCGAUAUAUAUUUCCGUAGUUGGCCAAAACAGAAAUAAAUCUGAUGGUUCAUUAACCACUUUCUACAAGCGUACAAAGCAAAUUGCUGAAUCUGGAACUCUAACAAAAGACGCUACUAUCAAAUUUGAACUCAGACCUCUCGAUUAUGAAGUUCCUUCCUUUUAUGGAACGCAUUUUGAUUCAAGGUAUCAUGUUCAAGCCUCAAUUAAGACAAAACAGCAAGAAGUAAACGAUGAUGUUCCAAUUUACGUUCUAUUUGCAGAGGCAAAGCCAGAUUCAAUCGUUCCUUUGAAAGCAGAAGUCGGUAUACAGAAUGUACUUCAUGUAGAGUUUGUUAUUCAGAAUCCUUCUUUUGCUGUCGAUGACUGUAUUAUCGGAAAAGUGAAUUUCCUCAUUGUAAAAAUCAGAAUUGUCAAAGUUUACAUACAAAUCAAGCGUUUGGAAUCAUUCAAUAACGGUAUUGUCACAUUCAAGCAAGAUACAAUCAUUUGUCAACAUGAAAUUCUUGAUGGAAUCCCUGUCAGAGGAGAUUCGAUUCCUAUUAGAUUCUACAUGGGCGGUGUUAAGGCCUGGCCAUAUCCAAAGAACACAAGUAAGUUCCUUAAUGUUAGUUAUAGCAUUAGAUUCCUCCUAGUUGAUGAAAAUGAUAAACAUUAUUACAAAGAUCUUGGAGAUUAUGUACCAUGUUAUAAAAAAGAAUAA